UUUUAAUGGCAAACGGUCUUCGUGAACGUCCCUGAUGCUGGGAACCAGCACCAGGACUGUGAAGAUCAUGGCCAAGGACAAGGCAAGCUCAGCUAUGAAGGAUUACUCCAGUAAAGGCACUCACAAGUCUUUAAAGAAAAUCAACUCAUUGAAACCUGCGGGAAGAAUUUCCUCCUUCAAGAAGAGCUUGCCCAAGAAAGGAAGCAGCAAAGGUAAAAUCCUAGAGAAUGACUGCACUAAGGAAAAUACUCUUGUUGCUUCUUCAAUGGAGAAAGACCCAGAACUUCAUAGCAAAACUACUGAGUUUUCGAAGACAAGGAACAUCCAGUCCUUGAAGAGUAGAAAUAUCAGUCCUAAUUCUUUCAAAGAAAUAGGUGAAAAACCUGAACAUGAGAAGUUUGUUAAAACUGCUUUAUCAGACAUCGUGGAGGACUUUAACACUUCUAUCUCUAAGCUGAAGCAUGAAAUGACUGCAAAGAUAGAGAGUCUUGAAUGUCUAAAUUCUGAGCUAGCCACCUCUAAAAAGUGCCACUGCUACAACCUUGUAAGUGCUUUAGAAGCAAAGGUAUCAAAGCAAGGAGUGAAGAUCUGUGAACUCGAAAAUAUGCUCAUUGCUAUUAAUAAUCCAACUAAACAGAAAGGAAGACCUAAGAUAGCUGUCUCAAAUCUGAAGCUUGAUCUUGCUCAUGAGGAAGCAUCUCAAAACCCUAUUGAUAUCAUCCACUUUAGCGCGGAAAAGCCGAUAAAAUCUCGCAAUGAAGUAGCCUCGAAGCAAGCAAAGAUUCAAUGCACCUCAGCAAGAAAUGGUAUGGCCUUUGAAGGCAGAUCAAUGUCUUUAAAGACCACAUUUGAAGGCGAGCAGAGACUCUCCAACAAAACUUUAGAGAUUGAAAAUGAAAUCAAAGAGAUGAAGAUUGUCCAGUCUUACGAGAAAAAGCAAGGCGUUCACAAAUCAAAAGUGCCAGAGGAACCGAAUCUCCCACCUGCUGAAGAGGGAUACAUUACCAAACUUAGGUCCUCCAGUGGUAUGUCUGAUAAAAGACUGACUAAUUACAAGAGCAUGAAGAAGUGAAAGUCUGAUAAACUGAUUCAUUUCCCGACUAAUCUAAGAAGCCAUAAGAAAAGAAAGUCUAAGAAUCAGUUUACUUACUAUGAGACAGUUAGGGCAGCCACAAAACAUGACAUAGGAGCGAAUAACAGUCAUAGAUGUGACAAUUUUCAUCCCAAAAGUGUGCAGGAGGGAUCUUCAGGGAACCUUCAAGGUAGGAUUAUGGACAAGAUUCUAAGCGUCCCUAUACAUCUAGCUGCAAAGCCUUCCUUAAAACCUGGGGUCCCUCAGACAAUAUUUACUCUCUCUAAGUCAUGAGUGGAGCCUGGUCUGAUCUCAGUAGCUACGAAAAGAGAUGAGGAUUAUUAGAACUAUGCUGAAGGUAU